AUGGCUAGCCCUAGCUCGACAAAAACACAUGUUACUCGUAGAAGAAGAAAGUUUAAAUCCUGUCUGUUUUGCAGGAACAGAAAACUGAAAUGUGACCAUGCCGAACCUAUAUGUAUGCAGUGCUCAAAGAGAGGUUUCACUAAGUGCAUAUAUUCUAGAGAUUUUAACUUUAAUAUUACUGCAGAAGAGUUGUUUGAGAAAUUUCCAAAUGUUCAAUUGGUUGAAGAGGUUACUAAAUUACAAACUCAGAUUGAAACUGAAAAACCAAAUCUUCAAAGAGAUCCUAACAAGUUGCAAUUUAUUGGUAAACAGUAUUUUAGUAAAGAUAAUAAACAAUUAUAUGGAUAUUCUUCAGCGGAAUGUAUGACGAAUUUUGAACCAACUUUCCUCCAAGAGACGUAUAUAGAUAAGUCAAAACAAAUAAUUCAAGAAUUCCAUAUACACAGAAAUAGAAGCACAGUAACAACUGAAACUUUAGAUUUUGAAUUUAUGUUACCAGAAUCAUCGAAAUAUAAUAUGGAAACAUUAUGUGAAGGGCUUCCGUCAUAUGAAAUGAUUAAAUUAUGCCUGACCCAUUUUUUUAACAGUUCAUUGCAUGAUCUACUUGGGGUGAUCGAUAAAAAGAAGACACUAGACACAUUCUCAACUUACUUUAUUUCGGAUAGAGGAAAUCAGGAUCCCACCUCAAGAGUAACACAGAUACUAAUCCCUCCUAAUGGAAACAUUUUUCAGAUAGCUAUUAUUCUGUUUCUUGUUGCGAUAUCACCAAAUUUAGAGGCUACCUCACCUUCAUUGUGUAAUUUUUUGACUGCUGUUACAGAAAUAUCAGUGAAUCGUACUAGAAAUGUGGAAUUUUGCCAGUUUUUGGUUUUAAGAUGUUUCUGUAGAUCAUAUGAUAACAGAUUAGGAUUUUCAAAUGAUAUUUUAAAGAAAGUAUUAGUUAACAAACUUUGUGAGAGUUGUUUGGACUUGGGCUUAACUGAUGUUGACCUAAUUUACUCUGAAGAGAAAUAUUCAGCGUCAGAGUUGGUUAGUUUAAAGAAGACUUUUUACUGGGCAUUACUUCUUGAUGUACACAGUUCUUUAGAAUUUGGUACGCAACUUUGUAUUCAGGAUAGUUCUUUGGAUGGCGGGACCAUCUUUAACGCAGAUAUUGCAGUGUGUGGUACAAAUGUGAAUAAGAGAAGGAAUGAUAUGCUGAAAAAUUUUUUAGGGAUAAUGAGAACCAUGCUUCAACAGUUUAACCAAAAGAGAGGGAUGCCUUACUGUAAUAUUACAAAUCAUACAGGAUCCAUCCAAAGGUUUAUAGAAACAAAGUUACUGCCAAUGAAGUUUUAUGCUGAUUUUGAUUCUCCAGCGAUGACAGAUCCAAUGGAUCUACUUAUCUUAGGUAUUUUGCUGGAAGCUUUAAUUGUUUUGAAUCACUCUAAAAAAAAGUACUAUCAUGAAGUUAGCGCGGAGGUUGAUAAUGAAAUUAUUCACAAUUGUAAUUUAUUAUUCACUGUUAGUCUUCGAUCUAUCAUUACGAGCCACUCUGUUGAUGAGUUUGCAUAUCCUGACCUUUUUAAGGAGGUAAAAGGAGAAACUCCUCAUCUCCACUUAUUUUUAGGUAUAACUGAAGAAUUUUUGACUAGAUCUGCACAUCAUUUUUACUCUGUUGUUUUAGAAGAUAUGCCUAAUAGUAAUUUGAUAAAUGGAAAUGACACCAAUCUUGACAUGGCAACUGUCCAUGAUUCUGUAGUGAAAAUACAAAGUCUAUUUGGUAAAAUAACACAAGAAAAUGAGAGAAAAUUAUUAUCUAGAAUGAAAAAUUCUGAUACUUUUAUUGCAUCAUUUCUCCAACAAGUCGUUUCUUUUAAGUACUGGCUGGAUGUUAUUGGUGUAGCGAAAGAACUUCCAAAAGUUUUAGGAGAAUACUCCUCUGAUGGAGAAGUAAAUUCUGCUAUCAUUUCUGGAUCAUAUCCUAAACUAUUUGAGAAAUUAAGUACUUGGGAUAAUGAAGAUAUCGUUUCUAAUGUAUUUUCCCAGUUUUCCUAA